AUGGCGUCUCGCACUAAUACCAGGCAGUCCGCUGCCUCGGUAGAAGAGACAUUAUCUCGUCGCGAUACCCAAGCCACUAAGAAAGAGAAGUCAAAUUUCGGGAGCAAGAUGAAGAAAGCAUGGCAAAAACUGGGAUUGGACAAGCAAACCCUUAUACUAAUGAUGAAAAUUAGCUACCAGGCUUCAGAUGUGGCAGAUGAGUAUACUACACUCGGCUACCUUAUAGCGAUCGUAUCAAUUUUGGGAUUCGCUAUUAUGCCCCGCGCCAAGUUUAUUCAGAUGAUGAUCUUUGACGUUUUCGCCGUCUGUAUAGCGGCCUGCUUUGCCUUGUUGACCAUGUACUCCAGCGUCAAGGCACGGCAACACACUGAGACGGGUACCCCCUCCGCCUACAAUUCAUCGGCUUCGGCAGUCAGUGCUGUUUGGCUGUUCUUUCAAAUUUGGCUGGCUCAUACAUUCCGCGCCAAAUAUCCGCAGUUCCAAUUCCCUGUGGUUCUCUACUCGAUCUUCGCCAACGUCACGUCCAUCUAUGCGCCACAGGAAACCACCAUAGCUUCUUCGAUAACGCUCGUGUUGAAGCUGCUGAAGACAUUCCUUAGCGGAUUGGCCCUGUCAAGUGGAGUAUCGCUUUUUGUUUUCCCCAUGACUUCGAGAAAGGCGGUCUUCAAGCAAAUGGGCGGCUAUAUUGGAAGCCUCCGGGGGGCUUUGAACGCUCACGCUGCAUACUUUCAGACAUUGGAGGAAGAUGAUAUGUUUGGUCGAGCAGAGACGUAUGACUCCUCGCAAGAGAAAUGGGGAAAGAAGGGCAAGGUGUACAGCCCCGAGGCGGAAGCCAUUCGUGGUGCGAUCCGGGGCAUUACUGAUAUCCAUGCGAAGCUUCACGGCGAUCUCACCUUUGCCAAAAGAGAAUUUGCGCUUGGAAAGCUGGGGCCAGAUGAUAUCCAGCUUAUUUUCCGUCAUCUUCGCCAGAUCAUGGUUCCUGUUGUGGGAUUGAGCUUUGUUGUCGACAUUUUCCAAAGACUGUCAGACUACAACCGGUGGAACGAGCCUAUCGAUACGAACGCCGAACCCAUUCCUGACCAUGUUCGUGAACAGGUUGUUCGAGAUUGGAACGACAUUAUGAGAGCAGUGCAUGACCCUUUUGCAACUAUGAUCCAGACGAUCGAUGAGGGAUUGCUGCAUACUUCCUAUGUUCUCCACUUGGCCAAGCGCCCAAAAAAUGUGGUAGUGGCAAAUACAAUGACCGAGGACCCUACAGAGGAUGAAAAGGACGUGGAGGCUACUGCUGGUAACACAGCACCAGGCGACAAGGGAUUUGCGGAGCACUUUGAACAAAAGCUCAGCGAGUUCCGAAGUGCCAAGAAAAUUGCCUUGCAAACAUGGGCCGAAGAAAAGGGAAUUACAUUGCCUCCAGACUUUUUUGAUCACCCGCCUGUUGAUAGUCUGAAGGGUGAUUUCUUCGAUGCCUCCGCCUCACACCAGGACCGCAGUCGGCGCCAGCUGUACCUUUUCCUCUACAUGGAGCAACUCCUGUACUCCACGGGCCAGACUGUUCUCGGAUUUGUCCAAUAUGCCGAUGGCGUCGCUGCGAAAGGAAAGCUAUCACGUACUCGGCUCAUCAUUCCUGGGUUUAAGCGUAGUUGGAAAUGGGCCAAGACCUUUUUGAGUGCCCCCGAUCACCACGAAGAUGAUCACUUGGGCGAUAUCCACACUCAAAGCACUUCUCUUGAACUUGGAGAAGCAUACCGGCAUCGCAAAGACCCCGAGCAUCUGCCUCCGUCAAACACAUUCCAAAAGAUUGGAGACCGGAUCCGAGUUGUCCCACGUUUUCUGCGCUCCUUUGAAUCUUCCUAUGGAUUUCGGGUUGCUUGUGCGACAAUGACCAUUGCAGUCAUUGCUUUCUUGCAUGGCACACAGGAAUUCUUUACCAAGCAGCGACUGGUGUGGGCCAUGAUCAUGGUCAAUUUAAGCAUGUCACCUACAUCGGGACAAAGUAUCUUCAGCUUUGUGCUUCGAAUCGCCGGUACCACCAUCGCCAUGGUUGUCAGUCUGUUGAUCUGGUACAUUCCUGACCAAAAGACACCAGGAAUUAUCGUCUUUUUAUUCAUUUUUGUUUCGCUUGGUUUCUACGUACCAAUCAAACUAUUCAGAUUCCGCAUCGUUGGCUUGAUCAGUGUCGUCACGACAACCAUGAUUAUUGGAUACGAGCUCUCGGUCCGCAAGGUCGGGGAGGCGGUUGCAACUUCCAAUGGACAGGCCUACUAUCCUAUUUAUGAGCUCGCUCCAUAUCGUCUGGCCGCAGUGAGCGGAGGUAUUUUCGUGGCGUUCAUAUGGACGUUCUUCCCUUAUCCGAUUUCCGAGCACUCGGUACUACGACAGAGCCUAGGAGCCUCUUUAUACUUGUUGGCCAAUUAUUACUCCAUCAUCCACGAAACCUUAUCUGCUCGCAUUCGUGGUGAUGAGGGUGACGUGACGCUUAAAAGCUCCGCGGGCCGCAAGUUAGAAAAGGCCCGACACAAGGUCUUUUCGAAGCAAAUGCUCAUGUUGGCCGGAUUGCGGACGUACUCCGGGUUUCUCACGUGGGAGGUUCCCAUCGGUGGAAAGUUUCCCAAAGAACAAUACGACUCGAUCAUUCUCUGCGUUGAAAACAUUGUGAGCUAUCUCAGUUUACUCGGAUACGCAUCCGACACCUUGAUGCGUCUUAACGAAGACGACGACGAGUCAGGAUCAGUAUGGAUGCACGACUUCCGCCGCCUCGUUGGCACCGCCAAAGUGACUACCCACGAAGUCACAUCCCUGCUUUGUCUUCUGUCAGCCAGCAUCACGAACCGCCAACCAUUACCCCCUUAUCUGAAGACUCCACGGCCAUAUAGUUUUUCCAAGCGACUAGAGGCUCUGGACAAAGAUAUCUUGAGCAUCAAGCACAUUGCCGAGCCAGGGUUCGCCGCGUUUGCAGUCUUGCAAAUCUCCACUCGUUGUAUAGUCGGAGACGUGGAAAGACUGAUGUGGCAUGUCCGAGGCUUGGUUGGGGAAUUGGACUUUUCCUUCCACACAGUCAGCACGACAGAUGCCAGUAUGACGCAUUCUAGAAUGACAUCGAGGGCUCCAUCUAGAGUUUCUGUAAAUGAAACACAGGCAGCUGACCGCAACAAGAGAGAUUGA